AUGGACGUCACCAUCCAGCACCCCUGGUUCAAGCGAGCGCUGGGGCCCUUCUAUCCCAGCCGGCUGUUGGACCAGUUUUUUGGCGAGGGCCUCUUGGAGUAUGACUUGCUGCCCUUCCUGUCCUCUACCAUCAGCCCCUACUACCGCCAGUCCCUCUUACGGACCGUGCUGGACUCCGGCAUCUCCGAGGUGAGGUCUGACCGGGACCAGUUCCUCAUCCUCCUGGACGUGAAGCACUUCUCCCCCGAGGACCUAACGGUGAAGGUGCUGGAGGACUUUGUGGAGAUCCACGGCAAACACAGUGAGCGGCAGGACGACCACGGCUACAUCUCCCGGGAGUUCCACCGCCGCUACCGCCUGCCCACCAGCGUGGACCAGUCGGCCCUCUCCUGCUCCCUGUCUGCCGACGGCAUGCUGACUUUCUGUGGACCCAAGGUCCAGUCCGGCACGGACACCACCCACAGCGAGCGGGCCAUCCCCGUGUCUCGGGAGGAGAAGCCCACCUCUGCGCCUUUGUCCUAG